AAUAAUAAUAAUAAUAGUAAUAAUAAUAAUAAUAAUAAUAAUAAUAAUAAUAAUAAUAAUAAUAAUAAUAAUAAUAAUAAUAAUAAUAAUAAUAAUAAUAAUAAUAAUAAUAAUAAUAAUAAUAAUAAUAAUAAUAAUAAUAAUAAUAAUAAUAAUAAUAAUAAUAAUAAUAAUAAUAAUAAUAAUAAUAAUAAUAAUAAUAAUAAUAAUAAUAAUAAUAAUAAUAAUAAUAAUAAUAAUAAUAAUAAUAAUAAUAAUAAUAAUAAUAAUAAUAAUAAUAAUAAUAAUAAUAAUAAUAAUAAUAAUAAUAAUAAUAAUAAUAAUAAUAAUAAUAAUAAUAAUAAUAAUAAUAAUAAUAAUAAUAAUAAUAAUAAUAAUCAUAAUAAUCAUAAUAAUAAUAAUAAUAAUAAUAAUAAUAAAAAUAAUAAUAAUAAUAAUAAUAAUAAUAAUAAUAAUAAUAAUAAUAAUAAUAAUAAUAAUAAUAAUAAUAAUAAUAAUAAUAAUAAUAAUAAUAAUAAUAAUAAUAAUAAUAAUAAUAAUAAUAAUAAUAAUAAUAAUAAUAAUAAUAAUAAUAAUAAUAAUAAUAAUAAUAAUAAUAAUAAUAAUAAUAAUAAUAAUAAUAAUAAUAAUAAUAAUAAUAAUAAUAAUAAUAAUAAUAAUAAUAAUAAUAAUAAUAAUAAUAAUAAUAAUAAUAAUAAUAAUAAUAAUAAUAAUAAUAAUAAUAAUAAUAAUAAUAAUAAUAAUAAUAAUAAUAAUAAUAAUAAUAAUAAUAAUAAUAAUAAUAAUAAUAAUAAUAAUAAUAAUAAUACUGUACCAAUGAUGAAUUCAGUUGCGAUCAAGAGAAAUGCAUUCCAAAAACCAAGAUAUGUGACAAUGAACGUGAUUGUGAUGAUGGUUCAGAUGAACUUGACUGCGUCAUCCCAAGUUGGCCGGUUGAAGAUUUCCACAGACCUGACAUCACACUAUAAGGCCGUGACUGAAAUUUUAAAGCUCGGCCUGGACAAGCUCCGUGCCGUGGUCAAUAACCUUAGAGAGACCAACGAUAUAGCUUGA